AUGGAAGAUCUAAACAAGUUGUACCCAGGAGCCGCGCCCAAUAUUCCAAUGUUUGAAAUGAAGGGAGCAACUCUAGAUAAGAAGCUGGCAUAUCUCUACAAGGCCUUGAAAUCAGUCAGAGAUUCAUGGACAAAGAGCAACCAACUAAUGGUUAAAUUAGAGAACACAAAUGUGGAGCAACUUGUUGGUGUUGGUUUUGUGUUGGCAACACUUGAUUGCUUGGUUAUGGCUGCAAAAGAAUUGUUUGAUAUAAAGGAAGAGAAUGAGACAGUUGAAGAAUUAAAGGCAGGGGAGAAAGAAGUGAAUGUGAUGGACAAGUCUAGUAUGAAUGAGAUAACCACCAAGAAUGGAAAAGCUGAUCAAAUGGGAAAAGCAAAUGCUGCUCUUGUACCUUCAAAAGUAUCAAUGCAAUCAGUACCGCCGCCGCCGCCUCCUGUGCCUUCAAAAGGAUCAAUGCAACCACCACUGCCGCCGCCACCACCUCCUGUGCCUUCAAAAGGAUCAACGCAACAAGUAACACCACCACCUCCACCUCCACCACCUAUGCCUUCAAAAUCAAUGCAACCACCACCACCCCCUCCUAUGCCUUCAAGAGGAUCAAUGAAACAAAUACCGCCACCGCCACCACCUCCUAUGCCUAUGCCUUCAGAAUCAAUGCAACCACCACCACCCCCUCCUAUGCCUUCAAGAGGAUCAAUGAAACAAGUACCGCCACCGCCUCCUAUGCCUUCAAAAGGAUCAAUGCAACCACCACCACCCUCUCCUAUGCCUUCAAGAGGAUCAAUGAAACAAGUACCGCCACCGCCUCCUAUGCCUUCAAAAGGAUCAAUGCCACCUCCCGUGCCUUCAAAAGGAUCAAUGAAACAAGUACCGCCACCGCCGCCACCUCCUAUGCCUUCAAAAGGAGCAAUGCAACCUCCACCACCCGUUCCUGUGCCUUCAAAAGGAUCAAUGCCACCACCGCCACCACCUCCCGUGCCUUCAAAAGGAUCGGCGCCAGCAACUGCACCGCCUCUGAAAAAGGGUCCUUGUCCCCCACCGCCUCCUCCCCUUGCUACUGCCAGAACCCUGAAUCGAAAGGGCGCGAGUGCCAAGUUAAAGAGAUCAUCCCAAAUGAGCAAUCUGUUUCGAGACCUCAAGGGAAAGAUGGAAGGGACUAAUGUAGCUGUUAAAUCAGCUCAUGGAAGGAAGAAGCAGCUUGGAGGUUCUUCAGGUGGAAAACAAGGAAUGGCUGAUACAUUGUCUGAAUUGACAAAGAGAUCAUCAUACUUUCAACAAAUUGAAGAAGAUAUUAGAAAGCAUUCAAAAACUAUCAUGGAGUUGAAGGUAGCCAUAAGUUCUUUCAAAGCAACGGACAUGGUUAUGCUGGUGAAGUUUCAAAAGAGUAUAGACUCUUUCCUUGAAGUAUUAACAGAUGAAUCACAGGUGCUAUUAAAAUUUGAAGAUUUUCCCACGAAGAAGCUGGAAGCAUUAAGGGCAGCAUCAGCACUCUACUCCAAAUUAGACUUAACGGUCAUUAAUUUGAAGAAUUGGGAGAUAUUGCCACCAUUGGAACACCUCUUGAACAAGUUUGAUUGUUAUUUCUCUAAGGUGAAAGUGGAAGCGGAUGCAUUAGAAAGGAUAAAAGAUGAGGAAGCGGAGAAAUUCAAGAGUCAGAAUAUUGAUUUUGAUUUCAAUAUGCUUACACUCAUCAAGGAACUCAUGAUUAAUGUUUCAUCCAGUUGCCUAGAGCUGGCUCUUAAGGUAUUUUACUAAGAAGCAACAAUGGGGAAUGAAGAAAAAAAGGGAAGUAUAAAAUUGCUAUGGAGAGCUUUCAAAUUGGCAUUCAGGGUUUAUAGUUUUGCUGGUGGCCAAGAUGAUCGUGCUGACUACUUAACUAGAGAAUUGGCUGGUGAAAUUUUGGCUCAUUCUCCCAAUCCAUAA